ACGAGAAGAGAGGCGCCAAACAUAAUAACAAAAGCAAUCUGUACAAUAUGAAAAAUACUUAAAGCAAAAUAACGUCAAGCAUCAAAUCUAUAGACAAUAUUAACCUAACAGCUCACACACUCAACAAGCCAUCAAACCAUCAAGGCAUCAAACCUGCAAACAGUCAAACCACCAACUAACUUAUCCCACCAUAUACGCGUGUGCUGUGGGUAUCUUUUAGUGCUGCAUGUGGGAAAGUUAACCACCAGCACAGCCCAGCGGCGUAAAACAACAUUUAGACGAGUUGAAAAAAUAAUAAAAUGAAAACAUUUUAAAGUCAGGCGAGUGGAAAUAUAAAAUAUUUUAUAAAUAAAGAAAAACAUUUGCAAACUGUGACUGAUGUUAAGUAAUGUAUAACAAUAACAAUAAGAGAACAACAACAACAAGAAAAACAGUAACAACAAUAACAGCAAAAGCAAAUCAACAAUAACGAAUCAAGAAUAACAGCAAUAAAAUUGCUACAACUAAGCUACUGCCAAGUGCAUAAACAACGAAAGCCAACAACACUCACAACAACAACAAUAACAACAACAACAACAAAAUAAAAACAAUAACAAAAGUUGAGAAUAAAUAAACUUGUAUAAGGCAAGAAACUGUUGUGCGUUAGCUUAGCAUCAACUAACGAGAUUUACGUGCUAGUACUCUGUACUCCAUACACCGCACUCUGUGUUUAAUACCCUACAGGCGAAAAAAAAACAAUAUAUAUUUAACAAGACAAUUUCUUUUUAUUUGCGCAACAACAACACAUGCUGACGACAACCACAAUAAUAAAAAAUAAGCACAACAUCAAGUGAAAAAUGUUUUUUUGAAAAAGAAAGACGACAAUAUAUGCAAGAAAAACAUUAGUUUCAUUUCCAUCAAAAGUACAGAGAGACGGGAGUAUUAUCGCCCCAACGCAACCACUUGCUUAUACGAAUUCAAUACGAAUUUAAGCUACAGUUAGAAAAAGCCAUCAAAUACAUACACACACACACACACACACACAUGAAAAAAAACCCAUACCUCCAGUGUAAUUGCUGUAGCAGCAUAAACAAUUGCCUUGAGAAAUUCAGUUUUUUACUGUAUAAAAUUUGUAUACAUUUGUUUUUGUGUGUACACUCGUAAACACAUACAUCAGCAAAUAGCAAAUAUUUUUCAGUACUUAACACUGUGCUGCUUUCACAAGAUCAGAUCAAACGACAAAGACAUGAUUGUGCAGUUGCAGUUGGCGUGGACGUCGCUGCCAUUGGCAGAUAAAAUACGUGUUCUGGCGUUUGUAUGCGUGUGAAGUUAUUUACAUUAUUUUUUGUAUUAGUUGAGUUGUGGUAACACUGGAGACUCCCAGACAAAUUAACAACGUGACAGCAAAUAAAGUGAAGUAAAAAGCUGCAAGUACACAUUUCAACACACGCAACAACAACAAUAGCAUUAACUAACUAACAACAGCAGCAUCAAUAUUGUGCGCAAUUUUUCUAUGUUGUCUGUGUUAUCAAAAGCGUGUGCUUUAAAUCCACAAAGGACAUAUAAACAGCGAAAAUACACAGCUGCAGUGAGACAACUAACAGUGACAGGAACAGCGCAACAACGCAUAUGUGCUUAAGUACAUUAACAUUUAUAUAUAGUGUAGUCAACAGUAGACGUUGUACUAGCGAAGUAUACGUUGAGGCAUAAAACAUGAAAAUUUCUAGUUGUACACAUCACCAACACAAACGACAAGCAGCACAAAAGCAACAGCAACAGCAACAGGAAGAGCAAGAGGAGAAAACGCAACGAAACAGCAUACUACAACGAAAUCAAAAAGUAGAACAUAAGCAAGAAAAACGUUGUAACGCCACUGUCGUGAUAAUUAAGACAGCGCGAAGCACUCAAACAAUAACAACAGCAACACAUAGCUUACGUAGUUUUCGUAGUCGUAAGUUAACAUACCUGUUGUGUCAUAUGCUGCUGCUGCUGUUAAGCCUGAUUGAGCCAACGCAUGGUGACUGGCUAAUGGACUGUGGCGACUGUCAUUGCAAAUGGAAUUCAGGGAAAAAAACAGCUGAUUGCAAGAAUCUAAGUCUCUCCUCAGUGCCAGAGAAUCUCAACACUGAAGUGCAAGUGUUGGAUCUUUCAUUUAAUCGCAUACCAUUUCUAGAGGAGAAUGCCUUUAUGAAUGCGCAACUCCUCAACCUACAUAAACUGUACAUACGUAACAGUUCGCUACAACAGAUCGAUCCACGCACAUUUACGCAACUCGAAAUUCUCAUCGAAUUGGAUGUGUCCAAUAAUCUCUUGCGCAGUCUACAAGCGAAUCUCUUCGCUCGGCUGGUUAAAGUGCGUGCAUUAGUAUUAAAUGGCAAUCUACUGGAAUCCUUAAGCGAUGGCAUUUUUCAAAAUCUGAAAUAUUUGCAUAAGAUUGAACUCAAGGAUAAUCGUUUGACACGUAUUAGCACACAAGUAUUUAUCAACGUGCCACUGUUAUCGCAGAUUUAUCUCAACGGAAAUCGAUUGAGCUUUUUGCGCAAAGAAAGUUUUGAAUCUGUGAAGCGCUUAACUGCACUCUCAUUAGACCAGAAUCCUUGGAACUGUACAUGUGAACUGCAGAUUUUUCGUGACUUUGUUUUAAAACGUAAUCUCUACACACCACCAACGGCAUGUUAUUUUCCCGUGCACUUACGUGGCAUGUUGUGGGUGGAGGAUCAACCGGAAGCGUUUGCCUGUAAACCCAAAAUCAUAUAUCCAGCACGCGGUGCUUCCAUCAAUACGUCAAAAGAAAAUGUUACAUUGGUUUGCCGAGUGCAUGCUUCACCUAACACACACAUAUCCUGGGAUUAUAACAAACAAAUGUAUCGCUCCAAUGCAGUGAACAGUGCACAACAACAACGCGUACACAUCCAACUGCUACGCGAUGAACAGUCCAAAGAGAAGGAGUUCGGACGUGAUGUGUUUAUUUCACGUUUAACUAUUAUUGGAGCCGAUAAAAACGAUGAGGGUAUCUACACAUGUUUAGCAGAGAACGCUGGUGGCAAAGAUGUAGUGCAAAUGAAUUUGCUGAUACAAAAGCCAGGGUCAAAGGACUUGUUAUUGCAGGGAAACUUAGUUAUUGUGAUUUGCUUAAUGGCUUUGGGAUUGCUUAGUGUGUCGGUGCUGCUCGCAUUGAUUACUUGUUGCAUUUACAAGCGUUUCAAGCAUAUUAACUCCGCGCAUCGACAUCAUCAUCAUCAUCAUUUGGAUGUUGCCGAUCAAUUAACAACUGGCCUCGAACAUACCACCACGACUGUAACGGGCGGCACUGAUGUUGUGCUUGGAGUGAGUGUUGAUGAGACAUCAACGGGCAAUUUCAAGCACCAUUUGCAAAAAACAAAUCUGAAUGGUGGCACUGGCGGAAUGGACAAAUACAGUGAAAUGAUUAAGCAUGGUGUUUCUGUGAUGGACAAUGGUUUUGUUAAUGUUGGUGCUGAUGGCGUUGAGCACCAUAAACUGCUGCUGAACGAUGCGAAAACAGGGCAUGCGGAAAAGGCGUAUUUGGAGCGAAGUACUAAAGUUCACUUACUAAAGUGGGACAACUUUGAAGAAUUGAUAGAUUCUACUUUCUCUCCAUCAUGGUUAUCGUUGCAAAGUCUGCGUGUUAAAAUGCGCUAA